AUGGCCGGGGUCGCGUGUUUGGGGAAAGCUGCGGACGCCGAUGAAUGGUGCGACAGCGGCCUGGGCUCUCUGGGUCCAGACGCGGCGGCCCCUGGAGGACCUGGGCUAGGCGCGGAGCUGGGCCCGGGGCUGUCGUGGGCGCCCCUCGUUUUCGGCUACGUCACUGAGGAUGGCGACACGGCACUGCACUUGGCAGUGAUUCAUCAGCACGAGCCCUUCCUGGACUUCCUCCUAGGCUUUGCGGCUGGUACCGAGUACCUGGACCUGCAGAAUGACUUGGGCCAGACAGCCCUGCACCUGGCCGCCAUCCUGGAGGAGGCAUCUGCGGUAGAGAAGUUGUACGCAGCAGGCGCCAGUUUGCUGGUGGCGGAGCGUGGAGGCCACACGGCGCUGCACCUGGCCUGCCGCGUGGGAGCCCACGCCUGCGCUCGUGUGCUGCUCCAGCCUCGCCCCCAGCGCCCCAGGGGAGCCCCCAAAACCUACCUCGCUCAGGGCUCUGACCAUACCCCUGACACCGACCACACCCCUAUUGCCCUGUACUCUGAUCCUGACGUGGAGAAAGAAGAGGAUGAGAGUGAAGAGGACUGGAAACUGCAGCUGGAGGCUGAAAACUAUGAGGGCCACACCCCACUCCAUGUGGCUGUCAUCCACAAAGACGCAGAGAUGGUCCGACUGCUCCAGGAGGCAGGAGCUGACCUCAACAAACCCGAGCCCACCUGUGGCCGGAGCCCCCUGCACUUGGCCGUGGAGGCCCAAGCAGCUGAUGUACUGGAGCUUCUCCUGAAGGCCGGUGCUGACCCCGCCGUCCGCAUGUACGGUGGCCGCACCCCACUCGGCAGUGCCACGCUCCGGCCCAACGCCAUCCUCGCCCGCCUCCUCCGUGCCCACGGAGCCCCAGAGCCUGAGGACGAGGACAAGCCUGGCCCCUGCAGCAGCAGCAGCAGCAGCAGCAGCAGUAGCGACAGCGAGAGCGGGGAUGAGGGCGAUGAAUACGACGACAUCGUAGUCCACAGUGGCCGGAGCCCCAACCAGCUACCUCCCACCCCAGCGUCAAAACCGCUCCCUGAUGACCCUAUCUGA